CGUGUAACAUGUUCGCGGAGAUAUCAAUCAAUGAAACAUGAGAUAUUUGCUUUUGGAGACAGGGGGUGCCUUGCUUGGCUUCCCCCCCUUAGUGUGGCUUUCACUGUAUGCACUCGCAUUAGCUUUCAUUUAUCUCAUCUGCUUGGUUGUAUGGAGGAUGUUUUUGUGUCCGCAAGCAAACAUACCCGGGGCGACGUUGGCGAAACUUACAUUUUGGUACGAGUUCUACUAUGAUGUUGUCAAAUCUGGUCAGUACAUUUGGAAAAUUCGCCAGCUGCACGAUAAGUACGGCCCGAUCAUCCGCAUCAAUCCAGAGGAAGUCCACAUUCAAGACGCCGAUUUCUAUGACGAAGUAUACAGUGGGGCAACACGCAAACGCAAUAAAUGGUCUUUUUUCACGAAUCAAAGUGGAUUAACUUCAUCGGCCUUCGCGACCGAUGACCAUGACCUUCACCGGAUGCGUCGUGCGGCGCUGAAUCCAUAUUUUUCGAAACAAAGAGUCCGACAGCUGCAACCGAGGAUCGAGAAGAGUUUGAAUAAUUUGCUGGGGAGAAUUAAUGAUUUUAUGGUAUCUGGAGGACCUAUGACGGUGGGGUUGGCGUACGCUGCACUUGCCAACGAUAUUGUCAUGGAUUAUGCUUUCGGGCGCAGUGAAAAUCGAUUGUUAGCGCCGGAUUUCGACCCCAGUUUCAAAGAAGCGGGUGAAGCUGGGGCAAAGCUCGGUCAUUUGGUUAAGCAGAUGCCAUGGCUACUACAAAUUAUGAAAUUAUUGCCAGACGGCUUGCAGGUAGCACUGAAUCCCGUGAUGGCGAGCUAUAUCAAGCUAAAUCAGGAUGUGAUUCGUCAUGUCACCCGAAUAUAUUCUCACCGUCAUGACCCACAUAGUCAAUACAACUCACAAACCACUGUCUUCCAUGAAAUUCUUCAAAGCGAUUUGCCGGAACGUGAAAAAAUUCCGAACCGUCUCUGGCAAGACGGACAGGUUACUGUCAUUGCUGGUACAUUGACCACUGCCGCUGCGCUGUCGGAAAUCACGUUCCAUCUCCUUGAUCAGCCGAUGCGUCUACGAAAAUUAAAGACAGAGCUUGAUUCCAUAAGUUCUAACUCGGAGCAACUUCCAGACAUCGCGAGGCUGGAGCAGCUCCCGUACCUCACAGCCGUGAUCAAAGAGGGAUUGCGCUUAAGUAGUGGCAUUAGUACGCGGUUGCAGCGUAUCGCUACCGAGGAAACGUUGACCUUCACUACAAGAAAUCCCUACCAGGAUAGUGAUAACGCAAUUAGAAAACAGUAUAUUCUCCGCCCUGGUAUCCCUCUCUCAAUGACCGGUCUCCUCAUCCACCAUUCACCAACUUACUUUGACGACCCCAUGGCAUUCUGGCCCGAACGCUGGCUAGAAAACAAAUCACUCGACAAAUACCUCGUCCCUUUUUCACGUGGCACGAGGUCAUGUGUGGGGAUCAACCUUGCUUAUGCAGAGCUGUAUUUGACAAUCGCCACAGUAUUUGGCCGAUAUGGAAGCAAAGAUGUACACUCACCAAGUGACGUGGGAUGGUUGGAAUUGUACAAGACAUCUAGACGAGAUUUGGAUAUCAUUGGAGAUGGAGUAACGCCUUUAUAUAGAGUAGGUACAAAGGGGGUUGUGAUUAAGGUACAUCCGAUGGAUUGAUAUAAUAUUGACGGAAACAACCUAGCCUUAACUGCUGACGGUUCAAUCUUGAAACACGAAAGCAAUGUUUUUCAAAGAUGUGUUCCGACUUGACCAAUACUGAUACAUUUAAACAUUUAUUUCGUCAUCGGGGCUUAGCUCGUUUUGCAGGCUAUACAUCGCCAAUCUGACUAGAUCAAUCAUAUUUCGCGAAGGUUGGUCCCUCUUUGAUGAACUUAAAACAUCUUGCAAUUAGCCACUGCCAUGUCAGCUUGGCGAUAAAUUAGGUCUUUGAGUACAAGCAAA